ACAGCCAGGUAUGUGCACCUGACAGAUAGAGGCUGCUCUCGGAACUUUGGGGAAUGGAGCCAACGCCUGUGUUCAGAGGGACAGCCACUUACUCUACUCGAAACAUUCAGCUGUGUCGCUAGGUCUGAUGUCCCCACGCAUGCAGAGAGAGAGAGAGAGAGAGAGAGAGAGAGAGAGAGACAGAGAGAUCGCUGGGACUUCCCCUUCUUCUCCCAGCCUGCUGUCACCGUGGGAGGAAGUGGGACUGGAGAGGCUGGGAAGCUCCUGACUUUCUAAUCUGAGUUUCCGAUUCCUCCACCUCAAGAUCAGAAGGGACGAAAGAACGCUGGAAACUCUCAGCAGGAUGGCUACUCUUCCCCCGGCCCCUUUCCCCAGCCACAGGAACUUCCAGCCCCCAACCAGCCGAGAACACUGGGGCUCAGGGCACAGAGCUGGGCUUGGCGGUCGGGGGGAGAGGUAAGAGGAUGGGGGCUCCUCUGGGCCACGAACUCGAAUGUGGGGAUCGCAUCUGAGUUCAAGGGUGUCUCUCUAAUGAGGGGAGAGGGUUCCUGUUUGCCCAGCUGCGUGCAGAUGCGGAGAGAAACCUCGUCAUUUUUCAUCCAGUUCUGGAUUUAAGAGUCAACAGAUCUCAGUCUGAAUCUAGGCUCUGCCAUUUACCUCCUGUGUGACUUUCUUUGAACAAGUCAAGUGACAUCUCUGAACGUCCCUCUCCUCAUGAACUCUGAACUCCCUGGCAGCUCUAAGAGUGUGGUGCUGGGUGUGUGGGUCUAGGUAUAAAGUUCAGUGUAUUUGUUGCUGCUAACUUACAGUUUCUCCCUUUUUAUGGGGGUAGUCUGAGCUACUAGUAAAAGCACUGCAAGACUGGAGCUUAGCAUUGGAUCUGCAGGUACCUGUGUGUGAACACAUAUGUGUGUAGAGCCGUUUGUCCAUGUUUAUACGCACACACAGCAUGCAGAUGUAGAAUCCUAGCUGUCCCAAAAACUGGAUCUGCACAUAUAUGAGAUAGGAAACGAGAUGAGGGCUGGACCUGUGAUUUUCACAAGUAUAGGGAAGUUCCUGGUAAAGAAACUCCCUCUACCAAUGAAGGUUGAUACCUUCUCUACAGUUUGUGUGUGGUCUUAGAGAGCUGACUAACUUCCAAUUCAAUUAGAAAAGGAGGGUCAGGGCACUACUUGAUAUAUAAGGAUCCAUACAGGCCCCAAGUGGAUUCGUUUUAAAAUGUAAUGUUACAUACGUGAUAUACCUGAGUAUUUUAUGUAAUAUUACAUUCUUGUAUUUCUUUUGUUAGAUAUUUUCCAAUUAUAUUUUAAUCUGGUUCCAACCAUACUCAGGGAGAAUCCUGGAAGUCCUUGGUCCUAUAUGAUUGAUACCUCUGACCUAGGACAUUAUAAGUUAAAUUAAAUGCCCUAAAUCACACCAUGAAUAUGUAAAAGAGGUAGGACUUCUGGUUCCCUGGGGGCAGGUAGGUGGUACAGUAGAUAAAGUACUGGACCUGGAGUCAGAAAGACACCUCUGUCUGAGUUCAAAUCUGGUCUCAGACACUUACUAGCUGUGGGACCUUGGACAAGUCACUUAACCCUGUAUGCCUCAGUUUCCUCAUCUGUAAAAUGACCUGGUGAAGGAAAUGGCAAACCACUCUAGUAUCCCACUUUGGUAUCUUUGCAAAAAACAAACAAACAAACAACAACAAAAAACAGAUGGAGUCACAAAGAGAGGAUAUGACUGAACAACAAUUUCUGCCUCCAGGACAAAUUUCUAUCCACUGUACCAUGUUGUUUUGUAGUUGUAUAAAGUAGGUAGAGCACUUUUAAAACCUUAAAGCACUCUAUAAAUGUGAGUUAUUAUUUUUAGAGUUCUGUCCAUAUGCAUGCCUAUGUAUUUGUGUAAAUGUAUGCAUGUGCUGAACCAUUUAAAGAGGUCAGUCACAGAAUCAUUGAAUUUCAGAUCUUUAACAGCCUCAAAGAGCAUCUAAUCUGUGAUAGGAUAAGUUUAAAGUAAGGAAGAUAUUAAAAAGGGCUUUUGAUAGAUCAGCUGAGAAUCCCAGAAGGCAGGGCUGUGUGAAGACAGUUUCCCUACAGUUAGACCAGAUCAUUCAUCAUUCCCUUGAACCCAGUUUUAAAAUGUAAAGAAUAGCAAUUUAUUGCCUAUAAUACAUAUGGCAAAGUGAAAGAGAAAAAAAGAGAGACAUAGAAAGUGACAGAGACAGAGAGAGAGACAGAGAGAGAGAGAGACAGAGAGACAGAGAAAGGGAGAGAGAGAGAAAGAGACAGAGAGACAGAGAGAGACAGAGACAGAGAGAGGGAGAGAGAAAGAGACAGAGAGAUGGCACCCCAAAUGCAGUUUGAUCAUAGAACAGUCAUUGGGUGAAGAAGAAUAUGUGAAAGGGAGACCAAAGCAUGGAAGAGUAGUUCGCUGUGUGCAAUGCAGGUGCUAAGUACUGGGUAGAGAGUAAAGAAGACAGGCCCUCCUUUGUGUCCAUUUUAUAUUGGGUUCUAGUCAGUGAACUAUUUCACUAUAGGUCAUGGCAAUCAAUGCAGGUCACCAGAAUGAUUUAAGCAUUUUCUGAGUUACGAUGGUCAUGACAUAGAUGUCGAUACCUGAAUGGCAUAAUUCUGAGUCUCGACAACCUCUACAUGGCAACAGAGAGGAUGGGGGCAGAAACCAGGAACCUAAAAGUUUGAAUGUGAGUUUGGUGACAACUGGAAAGUAAAUGACUAGAGGAAGGCGGGAAUCUGUAGUAUGUAGUCUUGGGGGGAAAGGAAUUCACAUCAGUAUUUCAAACUUCUUCCUUCUCCCUCCCUCCCAUGAAAAAAAACACAUAAGAGUUAGCCAUCAAAGAGUUAAUUAAACUCACAGACUUAAAGCUGAAGAGACUUUAGAGAUUAUUCUAGGCUAGAGGUCUUUAACUUUUUGUGUGUUAUAGAUCAUUUUGGUAGUCUGGUGAAGCCUAUGAACCCCUUCUCAGAAUAAUUUGUAUUGCUUAUGGUCAUAAUUGAAUUUCCAUUAGAAAUUCAUGAAAAUGGGGGGGGGGCAGCUGGGUGGCUCAGUGGAUUGAGAGCUAGGUCCAGAGAUGGGAGGUCCUGGGUUCAAAUAUGACCUCAGACACUUCCCAGCUGUGUGACCCUGGGCAAGUCAUUCAACUCCCAUUGCCUAGCCCUUACCACUCUUCUGCCUUGGAAUUAAUUCACAGAAUUGCUUCUAAGACAGAAGGCAAGAGUUAAAAAAAAAAAAAACUUCAUGAAAAUGAAGAUGUAAAUUUGUUCCCUUCCAAGUUCACAGGCUAUCCACAGACCCUUAGGGCAUCUGUGGACCCUAGAUUGACAACCCUUGAGCUAGGCACACCCCUCAUUAUCCAGCAGAGGAAAUUAAAGUGCAAAGAGGACAGUUACUUUUCUAUUACCAAGUAAUAUAAUCUAAAGGUACCCUGCUUCCACCUCUCUGAUCUUCUCAGUGGUCUGUGUAUUCCCUAGCUCUGUCUCUAAGCUUUAUAACAUGAAUAUUGUAUCAGUAUAAAUCACCAAAGUCAUAUCUUCUCCCUUCCUUUUCCUACACCCAAAGGUCAGAGAGUAGUUUCCUCUUAGUUGGCUACCUGGGAUUUUGAGGCCAGCUUUCUGUUUGCAUUAUUGAUACACACAAAAAAAGGAACUGCUUGAAUUCCCCAAGGUUCUCGAGUAUUUGGGGGGUGUUGCCAUUUGAAAGCUUAGUUUCAUAGAAAGUGGCUGGGUUUAAAUACGAUGGAAGCCAGUACUGGAGUUAUAGCUGCAACUGAAGCCUCAGCACCUUCAAGACCAACAGAGCCAGCAAGAUGUGUCAUCAACAACUGGUCAUUUCUUUGUUUUCUUUGCUUUUGUGGGCAACUCCUCUCAUGGCCAUGUGGGAACUGGAAAAAAAUGUUUAUGUUGUAGAGGUAGACUUGAAUCUAGAUGCUCCAGCAGAAACAGUGGUACUCACUUGUGAUUCAUCUGAAGAGGAUAACACCAUUACCUGGACCUCAAAUGAGAAUGAUCAGAUCUUAGGAUCAGGAAAGACCUUGACUAUCCAAGUGAGAGAGUUCACAGAGGCUGGCAAUUACAUUUGUCAGAAAGGAGGAGAAGUGCUGAGCCACAAGUUAUUGUUAAUCCGAGUAACCGAAUAUGGGAUUUGGUCCACUGAUAUUUUAAAGGAACAAAAAGAUCCAGAAUCCCAAAGUAAGAGUUACCUGAAGUGUGAGGCCAAGAAUUAUGCUGGGACUUUCACCUGUUGCUGGCUGACAGAAAACAGUUCUGACCUAAAAUUCUCUAUUAGAAGCAGCAAGGGGUCUUCAAAUCCCCGAGGGGUGACAUGUGGACCCAUUGUGCUCGCUGAAGAAAAAGUCAAACAAGACAACAAGGAAUACCGAAAAUAUACAGCAGAUUGCCAAGAGACCAGUGCCUGCCCAUCUGCUGAAGAAAGCCAUCCAAUUGAGGUUGUCCUGGAUGCUAUUCAGAAGCACAAAUAUGAAAAAUAUACCAGCAGUUUCUUCAUAAGAGAUAUCAUCAAACCAGACCCGCCCAGGAAGCUCCACAUCACACCCUUAAAUACUAAGACUGUCAAAGUAAGCUGGGACUAUCCUGAGACCUGGAGCACACCCCAUUCUUAUUUCCCAUUGAAUUUCAAAGUUCAAGUUCAUGGCAAAAACAAGAAGAAUAGCUUCAUCACAGAAGCAACCUCUGCCGAAUGCCCCAAAGGGAAGACAAUCUCGGUGCGGGCCAAGGAUCGCUACUAUAAUUCAUUCUGGAGCAAAUCGGCUUCCGUGUCCUGUUAAAUUCCCAUGAUGCAACACUGGAUGAAGAGAAGAAGAGACAAAGCAAACAUGGGAGGGAAAAGAUCAAGUGGAAUGAAAUGUGAAUGUCCUCUGUCAGUUUUUACUUUUAUUUUUUAUGGAUUAUGAAGCUGUCUUACUUUUUAUUUUUUUAUAUUUUAGUGCCCAAUGAACCAAACAACCAGUUAAUUUAAACUAAAAAAAAUCAGUGUUUAGCUUGAUAUUAUUUAUUUAUUUAUGCUUUUCUUCAUCCGUUUAUUUAUUUGAGAUUGGGUCUCCUCAUCUUUCCUCAGGCUGGAAAGGCAGUAGGUACUCCAGGCCCUGAUUCCACUACUAUGGGCUUUGAUCUGCUCUAUUACUGACUAGGGUUGGUUAACCCCUUCUUUGGCAGCCUGGUAAUAGCUCCCCUCAACUAUAAGGAGCUCACCCUAGUGGUACCAGACUUAGUGCCAACAAUGUACUGAAUGAAGCUCAGGACUCUCAAACCCAAGAGAGUUGUCUGCCCCUGCCUCCUCAGCCUCAGGGAUUCCAUGUGUGGCCCUUGAUAUCUUGUAUAGCCUAUUUGUUUGGCACUAACCUUUGUAUUUAAAACAAUUUUAUAUAUUUAUCAACUUAUUGAUUUUAUUUAACUUUAAAUUUAUGAGUGUUUGUCAAUCCAAGAGCCAGUUUUACUAUGUUCAGAGAAACUCAUCGCCAGUGUGAAGAUCAACCAAGAUGAUCAGUAGCUCAUAAAUGCCUGCGAUUAAGGCAUGGAAUAAUUGUCAUCUGAAUAAGUGGAGGGAUUAUCUAUACUGAUGAUGAUACCAUGCCCAGGAAGUAAUUGAACUGGGUAUUUAACCUUUGUGGAAUGCCCAAGUAUUUGUGUAUUUUUCAUAUCUGUAUAUGACAUUCACAAAGAGUGUAUCCUUUUAUGCAAAAUGUGAAUUGGAGUGUUAUUUAUUUAUGACAGAUUCUAUUUGUAUUGAAACUUUUUAAAAUGUAUCAGUUUUAUGAUAAUUAGUAAGAACCUAAUGUUCUGGACUUUGCCACACACAAAAAUGGCAAAUGGAAUAGUACAUCUGUGAGAGAUGGAAAGAUUUAAAUGUUAUUAACUAGAUGCAAAGACAAUGUAUAUAAGGAGACCUUAGAGAAGGUGAUCUGUUUCCUCUACUCAAUCCUAUUUCUUGAUACCAGAUUUUAUUCUUCAUAGGAGCUUUUUCAAAGAAGGUUGACACUGAAAUUCAGCAUGGCCCAAUAUGUCCAAGAAUAACCUUAUGGUGCUCAAAUGGAUAUUUAUUUACAAGAAAUACUAUCAGGGCAGAAAUUAAGUUUCUAAUUUUCCAUGAAGUCUUGAUUCCCAUCUAACAGAAAGAACUUAAACACAGGGAGGAUAUAAGAUUGCAAAAGUCCUAGAGAAAAUAUCCUUACAUUGCCUUUAAAAAUUAUUUUGAUUCAAAUGGGAGAGGAGAUGCUGUGAUUAUUGAUAGUCUCUUGCUAAUCAAGACCAAGGCAAUGAUUACUAGACAUUAGAUUUAGCAAGCUAGAGGCUACUGACUUCCAAUUGGACCAAAGAUAAAGAAAAUAAACAUGUUUACGUCAUCCUUAGGCCCACCUUUAGAAAAAUUCAAAAGAGAUUCUGAACAACAAGAGAAUAUUCCAAAUGGACAUAAAAGCCAGUUUGUUUUUCAGUCAAAUAUAGCAAAAAAAAAAAUAAUGCUGAACUGAAGUGGAGAAAAUAAAGUAUUGAGAACCAGACAUCUAUCUUCCCAUGUGGAACUAUUUGUUAGGGUACCAGAGGUUAUUUCUUAUGUGAAAAUGCACAAAUAAACCAGUGAGAAAACUCUGCUUGGUUCUUCAAGGAAGAGCCCAAUCAUGUCAUCAAUGUUUCUAACACUUAGAUAUAGAUCUUAUCUGUUAACAUGCUAUUUUUGAGUAUAAUGAAUGUUUUUUAAAAUAGAAUAUAUUUAUUUACUUAUUUAUUUAAUUUAUAGAGCCCAAUCAUGUCAUCAAUGUUUCUAACACUUAGAUAUAGAUCUUAUCUGUUAACAUGCUAUUUUUGAGUAUAAUGAAUGUUUUUUAAAAUAGAAUAUAUUUAUUUACUUAUUUAUUUAAUUUAUAUUUAUGUUAUAAGCCUGGACUAAUAAAAAAUUCUUUGCAAAAUCUUUAGGUCCAGAAUUGAUUUGUUAAGCUAAAGUCACGCACCA